GGUAGGGCGGUCCAACCAAGAAGUGGCAGGUGUUUUUUGGGGGAGAGCUAUGCGGAACUUGUAAGUCUCGGUCGGCGUGUAUUUGUUGUGGUUUUUUUUGUGUUGAAGUCUCAGCCCACUCGAGAGUCAAAGCAAAAGGAAGGCGGAUGUCAAGUGUCUAAACAACAAGUGCACUCAGCAUGGACACAUCGGCUUUUCGCCCGGAGACCUCCUUUAAGACCUUCUAUUGACUUCGUUCUUUCCCUUGUGAUUUGCAACUGUCUCUAGUGGCAAGCAUGAAGUUUUACGGCCACAUCCAGCUCCGAAUCGGGGAGGCGCUGGACCUGAAACCGACCACAUUUUCCCGGCGUCACUCCAAGAUUUUCAUGAAAAGCGCUUCGACCACAUUGGACCCAUACAUUGUCCUCAAGGUGGACGAUGUCAAAGUGGGUCAAACUCACACCAAACAGAAAACCAAUUCGCCGACGUACAAUGAGGACUUUUCCUUCUCCGUGCAAGACGGACAACACGUCGAACUUGCUGUCUUCAAUGAUACACCGAUCGGAUACGAUGACUUUGUGGCCAACUGCACCAUCCGCUUUGGGGACCUCACGAAGACAGCCAACACGGGCGAGUUCUUCGAGGGAUGGAAGGACUUGGAACCCGAAGGCAGCAUUUACAUCCUUAUUAAGCUUAACGGAUCUUACAUAGAUGACGAGGCCAUCGUGGAGGUAAAAAAUCACCAGGAGUUUACCAGGAAGCGUCAGGCGGCUGUAAGGCGGAAAGUCCAUCAGGUCAACGGGCACAAGUUCAUGGCCACUUACCUUCGCCAGCCCACCUUCUGUUUUCACUGCAAAAACUUCAUCUGGGGUGUUUUUGGAAAGCAGGGCUACCAGUGCCAAGUAUGUACAUGUGUGGUUCACAAACGCUGCCACGAACAUGUUGUCACCACAUGUCCACGCAUGAAGCGGUCAGAGUCUGUAAGCCCGGGCUUCAGCAUCAACGUCCCUCACCAAUUCAGGAUCCACAACUACAAGUCACCUGCUUUCUGCAACCAUUGCGGAUCGUUACUGUAUGGAAUUAUCCGGCAGGGCCUUCAAUGCAAAAUCUGUAAAAUAAAUGUUCACGUUCGAUGCGAAAACAACGUUGCGCAGAAUUGCGGCGUCGACACUGUGCAACUGGCCAAAAAGCUGGAAGAGAUGGGCAUACAUGCUGCAGAACUCGCCGAAAGAAACAUCCAAAGAGUAUGUCCAUUUUCUAAAUCCAUUAACCAGAUAUUCUGCUUCACCGUAGUGAGUUUUUCUUCUUCCCUUUCGCCUUUACAGUUCAGUUCAAGUAAAGUCAAAGAGCCUGCCGAAAGGAGGAAGAGUGUGAGAAAUCAACCAGAGAUCCCUCAAUAUGGCAUUUCCGACUUCACUUUCCUUCAAGUGCUCGGCAAGGGUAGCUUCGGAAAGGUCAUGCUUGCUAGACUCAACAACAAAGAUCGGGUUUUCGCAGUCAAGGUGCUGAAAAAAGACAUCAUCUUGCAGGACGAUGAUGUGGAGUGUACCAUGACUGAAAAGAGAGUGCUGUCACUAGCUACCUUUCACCCGUUUCUCACAAAACUAUACUGCUGCUUCCAGACUCAGGACCAUCUCUUCUUCGUGAUGGAGUUUGUAAAUGGUGGCGAUCUGAUGUUCCACAUUCAAAAGUCCAGAAGAUUUGAUGAGAACCGGGCUUGUUUCUACACGGCGGAGAUCACGUCGGCUCUCAUGUUCCUGCAUGGUAAAGGCAUCAUCUAUCGGGAUCUAAAGCUGGAUAAUGUUCUCCUUGACAAGGAUGGCCAUUGUAAACUGGCAGACUUUGGGAUGUGCAAAGAAGGCAUCUAUGAAGGUGUCGGAGCGCGAACCUUCUGCGGUACCCCUGAUUACAUUGCCCCUGAGAUCCUUCAGGAGAUUGUGUACGGGGCCUCCGUUGAUUGGUGGGCGCUCGGGGUGCUCCUUUACGAAAUGCUGCAGGGCCACGCGCCCUUUGAGGCGGAAAAUGAAGACGAGCUGUUUGAGGCCAUCCUCAAGAAAGAAGUUACCUAUGCCCCUUGGCUCAGUGCCGAGUCAGUGGCUAUCCUCAAAGCUUUCCUGACCAAAAAUCCAGACAAACGCCUAGGUUGUGUGCAAUCAGAGGGUGGAGAAAUUGCUGUGACCAGCCAUGCCUUUUUCAGAAACAUUAGCUGGGAAAUGCUGAAUCGUAGAGCCAUAGAGCCACCAUUCAAGCCCAAGAUAAAAACGCCAGAAGACGUCAACAACUUUGACCCGGAUUUUACGAGGGAAGAGCCCACCCUCACGCCGAUCGAUGACUCGCCGAUGUCCAACGUCAAUCAGGAUGAGUUUGAAGACUUUUCAUACACUUCACCUGAGUUGCUGGAAGACUAAGCUUCCUCGCCGGUCUGGUGAUCAACAUGCGGUUUCAAUCUUUGCCCUCGACAGUUCUCGGCCGUACAGUAUGACUGUUACAUUCCCCUCAGACGAGCGUGUCGGAUCAAUCAGACACGAAGUCAAAUGGCAUUUUGUUUGGAUUACAAUAUGGUAUGACAGACUUGUACAUGUUUUUUUUUUCUUAAUUGUUUUGCCAAAAUGUAUGUAUGUGUUUUUUGUACUGUUUGAUGAGCUCACGUUGUUAUGGUACAGUGUUUUGAUUCAGCAAAUUGGGCAGACUUCCUUCUUUUUUUUUUUUUUUUAAACUGGACUUCCAGCAAUUUCCAGACAAAUGGCCUUAGUUUGUGCAAUCUUUUAUUUCUUGUGACACACAUAACUGGAAAAAAAAUCCCCUCAAACCACUCCCAUUGUCUAAAUAAAAGUAAAAUUUAUAUCGAUGUUUGAAGCUUAAAGCUAGCACUAUACUUGAAUAAAAAAAUGAAGGUACUAUGUUGGUAAA